AAUGUGAUGUUGUGGACAACAAUAUGGCAGAAAGCUUUAAUGCUUGGAUAGUGUCUGCAAGGUAUAAAACCAUCAUUACAAUGCUUGAGGAGAUAAGGGUGAAGAUGAUGAAAAGAAUUUGUGAUUUGAGAGAGUUCUCAAACACUUGGAUCACUGAUAUAUCUCCUAUGUCUUUGAAGAUUUUGCAAGAAAACAUUCAAAAGUCUAUGCAAUGUAACUUGACUUGGAAUAGAGAAAGAGGUUUUGAGAUUAAACACCAUGGGUUUACACACACUGUGGACAUUGUUAAUAGGAGGUGUAGUUGCAGAUCCUGACAGCUUAGGGGAAUUCCUUGUCCUCAUGGUGUUGCUGCCCUUCAUUACAAAAACUUGGAACCAAUCCAUUAUGUGGCUAGCUGUUAUAGCAAGGAAACCUACCUCAACACAUAUGCCCAUUUUAUUCAGCCAAUGAAUAACAUGAAAAUGUGAUCAACCUCAAAUAAUCCAAUUGUAAAGCCACCAAAGAUCAGAAAGUUGCUUGGAAGACCAGUUAAGGUUAGAAGAAAGGAAGCAGAUGAAAGCAGAAAAACUGGAAAGUUGAGCAAAAGAGGUGUUGUAAUGACUUGUAGCAAAUGUGGCACACAAGGACACAAUAAAAGAGGAUGUCCUACAAGAAACCAAGCUGAUCCAAGUCAAUCAACUGAACCAGUUUCUUAGGCAAGAAGUACUGCUCCAAGUCAGUCAUCUGAACCAUGUUCUCAUACACAAGUACUUUUAUUUGUUACUCUCAAAUGUAUGUUAUAUGUUGAUGUAUAUAUAUUGAUAUAUUAAUAUACAGGCUACUGAAAGUGGUAGAGGAAAAGGCACAGGAAGAGCAACAAGAGGAAGAGCAACAAGAGGAAGAGCAAGUGACAGAGGUGUUCCAGCUCAAUCACAUGAAAAUGUUACAAACACAGAGGUAAUAUAUCUAAUUAUUAUAUCAUUGUUAGAUAAUAUAGAUAUGCUUUAAUAUUUGAUUUCAAAGUACAGACUGUAAAUGGUAGAGGUAGAGGUAGAGGUACAGGUAGAGGAGCAGGAUCAGGAAGAGAAAUGACUCAAGAAAGAAAUGUGAAUGAAGGACUAAGUAGAGAAAGAGGAAUGACUCAACAUAGUCAAACUAGUUCAGAAGCAAACUACAGUAGAGGAGGACUAGGAAGAGAGAAGAGACCAGUAGAACAUGAAGACACUAGUGGAGGACAAACAAGACCUUUUAAAAGGCCAAGAAUGGUAGGUGUUGGCAUAUACCAAGCUAAAGAUGGAUUUACAACUCUCAAUCCUGGAUUGCCAAGUAGAAGAGUCAUCAAUACUGGUACAAAAGUUACAAAGAGGGUUGAUGUUGUCACUGGUGAUAUUGGCUACACACCAGUACGUGGAUUCAAAUGGAAGGGGAAGACAACUAUUACAAGUAGCAAUCUGGAAAGAAUGAGGGUUGAAAAGGUUAUCCAAACUAGGUCUGUAGCUGCUGCUAAUAGCCAAGGUCAAACAACUUCAAGUAGAAAAACUUCUGUGCCAUGGAAGUAGGGCAUUUUGAUGUUGUCUUGUUCAUUUUGACAAACAAAAUUUAACUAAGAAUAUAUUUGUGUUGUUUUUUAUUGGAAACAAACUC